AUGAAGAGAAGUCACGAAGGCGAAAUUCCACCACUCGAUGUUUCUGCUACAACAUCUGAUGCAACACCAAAAACCAAUGAUAUGACUGAUGAAUCACCACGAUCGACAACAUCCGAAGGAGGUUACAGAGAAAAUUACAAUAAUAGAGGAGGUGGAGGUUACAGAGGAAGAGGAAGAGGUGGAGGAGGUUAUCGAUCAAAUCAACCUAAAAAGCCUAGACAAUACAAACAUGCUGUAGAAAAAUUAUUUGAUGAUUAUUCAAAUUCAUUGGAUGACUCUAAUAAUAGAAAGGAAAGAAUUUAUAAAGCUACCAGAGAUGUGACAAUUGAAGCAAAACAAAUAAUAUUUAAUCUUCAUAGAUAUGAUCCAAAGCAGGGAAAUAAGGAGGAAAUUUUGAAGGAAGCCAAAGAAAAAAUUGAUUCCAUUGUAAAUGAACAUUUAUCGAUUGUAAAAAAGGAAAUUGAUGAAAAAUUUAGUGAAUACUUUUGGAAAUAUGCUAGAUCUUAUUCAUUUGGAUUGCAAGAAUUGAUUGAAGCCAUUUCUUUCUAUUACUAUAUCAAGGAUGGAAGUUUAGUAACUUGUGAAAAUAUUGAAAAGGAUACAAAUUUCCCAGUUAGUAGAUUGGAUUAUUUGCUUGGUAUUUCUGAUUUAACAGGUGAAUUAAUGAGAUUUGCCACUAAUCAUUUUACAGUGGAAACUAUUCCUCCAUCAGUUAAGGAUUUUAUGAGUGAGCUAUUCUCCCAUUUCCAAAACCUACUUGUUACCUGCAAGGGUCUUUCACCUUAUGAAGAAAAAGAUCUCAAAAACAAGAUUGAAAUUAUGGAAACCUCAUUGUCCAAAGUUGAAAAACUCUGUUACAAUAUCACUCUCCAAAAGAAUGACAAAUAUGUGAAUUAUAAAUUAAUUUAAUUUUAAUAUU